GUACUUCGUCUCCACAACUACUGGAACCUGCAAUAUACUAUACCGCCGUCGAUAAGUCUCACCUUGACACUAAAUAUUAUAUGGUACCUAGUGCCUAGUACCUUUAGUUCAUACAUACAAUAAAAAGUACUACAGUAAUAAUAAUAAUCUGGCAACUGGAGGCCGGAGUAUUGACGAGUAAAGUGCCCAGCGUUAGAGGACAGAGGAGGAUGGUGCACCGAGUUUUGUAAUUGAUUUAUUUAGUAAAAGGUCCACACCUAGACGGUUUUUUGGAUAUAGAGUAGAGGAGAAUGUAGAAGAUCUAAGUGAGCAGCCUUCGAGGAUAAAACUUGGUCGACAUCAGAAUCCUUACUAUACUCCUUGUUCCUUUCACUGACGAUAAAAAAGCCACGGCCGACAAAUUCUUACUCUUCUGUCUUUAAUCCGCGAUAUACGUUUUUUUUUACCCAAUAAAAUGAUUCAAACAAACGCUGCGGUUACAACUACGACGACUACAACGACAUCAACAAAAUCAACAAUAAAUAAAAAUUUAAAUACUGAGAGUAUUGUUAUUAAAAAUUUAUCUGAUGGGGAAGUGAUAACAUACAGCUUGGUGCUGAUACGUGGACAAGCACCGUCUCUGUGUACUAAAAUAAACAUCCGUACUCAGCAUAAUCACAAUUUAAAGUCAUCCUCGAUUACAGAAUGGCCUAUUAUCGCCGGGGAAUUCCGUAUCCUGGUAGAUUUAGCACGUGGAAUAAAUAAACUUGAGCUAGAAACAGCGAAUGGAAUUAAAAAACAAUUGACAUUGAUACACGAGCCGAAAAAGUCACGACUACGAGUUACACCAAUCUAUGUAAUUUGUGCAGGUCACGAUGGAUAUUUUCAGGGUCCGGCGAACGAAGACUGUUCUCCAGAGAGCGCGGCAACGAGAAUAGGACUUGGAGCACGUUUAUUACAAUCAUUAACAGCUGAAAAAUUACAAGAAGCCGGGCAUGGACGAAAAACAUUUCAGUUGGAGAGAGAUCUUGACGGUCCCGAGUGUUUGGUAAUGCACAGCAUGCUCAAUGUGGACACUGCAAGAGCUAUGAAUCAACGUGAGCUGUGGGAAUUUGUAGGUCGCGAAAUAAUGAAAGGUCCGCUGGCAUCUAAAGACAGAAAAUAUUUGGCAUUUUUAUCGUGUACUAAAUACAGAGGGGCUCCAAGUCCUAGAACACAUGAGGCAACUCUGGCAAGCACCCAAGGGCAUGCGGCACUUGGCGGCGGUGGUCUUGCACUCUUUGGAUCCGCAUGUCUUCAUACUUGGCCUACAACUCUUAAUCAAGUGUUACCAAAAUUUUUAGACACCACGAUAAUUGACACUGACGUUCUGAUGGACGACAGUAAUUAUCGUGGUACCUACGGCGGAUGUCUAGCCACAACACUUGGCUCCGUUCUCCAUGAACUUGCUCAUACAUUUGACUUGGGUCACACACGUGAGGGUAUUAUGGGUCGUGGGUUUAAUUACGUUGAUCAUGUUUUCAUUGCCCGAGGCGCUGCCAACAACCACCCGGCUAUUGGUACUGAUAACAAUCGUAAUUCUCGUAAUAAGGAUCCCCAACGCAGUACUAUAACCCUGAGCAAACCACUCAGUGUCACUGUUACAAUAAAUAAUAACAACAUCAACAACAGUCAGUCCAUUACAAGCCUAGCAAACUCAAAAGAUCAAAGACAAUGUGUGCUAUCAGAAUCAUACCAUCAAAAUUCUAAAACAAAAACCCUCGAAACUGAAAAUGAAAAUUCAGUCUCCCAACCAGCAAGUCCGGAUAUUGAUACUCCAUUUCAUAGUAAUUACAACACAUAUGUAUUUGAGACGUCAUUUUUACAACCUGAUAAAAUAUUUUGGGGGCCUUCCUGCGCAACAAUACUCGCUUAUCACCGAUGGUUUGCUACCGACAACGAGCACGAUUUAAAUAAUGAUCAUAAUUCUCACUAUUAUCGCAAUAAUUGUCAAAUUGAGUACAAUGCCAAGAGAAACGUUAUAAGAUCGUCAUAUGGGAUUCGCGUUAUAGAAUUACGCGACGCAUCCACCGGUAUGGUAAUAAACUACCGUCAGUUUCCAGGAGUACGUCCACCCUUGGAAGCACUUGUCCCUCCACUAUCUUCGCCACUAGCUCACACCUGUUACGACGCUCCACUGGUUAUUUUUGCCGAAGAUUCAGUGGGUAAUGUACUCAACAUUACCUCUUCCUUACAUACUCCUGAAUUUUAAUAUUUUUAAAAAUAUUUUAAAUUUAUAUAACAGCUAUUUUGCUAGUUCUUUAUUAAACUAAUAUAGUGCAAUUAUUUAAAUCUUGGUACCCAUGCUAAAAAAUUUAAUAAUUCUUAUACACAUACGGACAUAAUGAUAUUGUUAAAUUAUUUAUUUAUAUACUAUACAAUUAAACCUAACGUAGGAAAUGUGAGACAAUAUGCGCGCAAGUCUUGCACAUUAUUAACUCCAUGCGUGCCUACUAUUGCCUUAAAAUUUUUAGCAAAAAAAAGUUAACCAGGCAGUAAAAGUAUAAAUCUCAAGGGAUAUUUUGUGAAUGAGCUAAUGAAUUGACUAAACUUAAUACUUAAUACAUAAACUGGUGAUUUAUAUUUACUAAAUAAUACGUUUAUCAGAUUCUUAAGAUAGUAAUUACAUUUAAAAAUAUUACCCAGUAUCUAGUCUUCAAGGUUUAAUAAAUACUACAGCUCAAGGGUUUAGAAGGUCUUUACAUACUUAUUAUAAGUCUAACUGGUGAUUGGCUGGUUGGUAUACCAAAGGUUUUGUCUAAAAUUAUAUUUAAAAGAAUUCAAUUUUGCAGAAAGUAAUAUAAUUGAUAGAUUGAUUUUUCUAAAUAUUGAUAAAACAUGAGCAGGGUAACUCGGCACUACGAAAUUUUUCAAUAAUUCAUUAUAUUGUUUCUUUGAAAAAUCAUGAUAAAUAACUGAGCCAUUAAUUUAUUGGCCGGCUUACCCUAAGAGAAUAGAUUAAUAUUUUGUGUAAGAAUAAGGAUUUUUAAAACGAGCUGAUAAAUUUUGUUACAGUGCAAUAUCAAAAAUAAAUUAUAAUAUUAUAAUUAAAUAUAAUACUUGGCUAUUUAUCUAUACUUAUUAAUAAACAAUGUGCAAUAACGCAGUGCGUUAAAUAUUUAUUAACUUUAUAAUGCAGCUAUACUAGUCUGUAAAUAUAUAAGACAAUGUACAGUA